GAUCUCUAAAUCGCAUUAAAAAGAGUGGGUCUUGACUCUACAGACCAGCCCACCAGUCCACUACAAACCACAAAAAUUUCACCAUGUUUUUUUUUUUUUUUUGACAAUAAAAAUUUCACUAUGUUAAAAAAUUAAUAAUUCAAAUUAAAAAAAACAAUUGAAAUCGAAAUCAAAAUUCUAGGGUUUGUGUUGUGAACUGCAAUCGAACUUCAAUGGACGAUAUGGCAGCUUACUACGCACAAAAUCAACCGCCGAAUCUUCUACCUUAUCAGUAUUAUCCACCGCCGCCGCCGCAACCACCGCCACCUCUGACAUUUGUACCACCGCCCCCUGGUGCUCCACUACCGCCGGCGCACCACCUUCAUCAGCCUUACCAUCCGCAACAUCCACAACCACAUGUGUAUGGUUCUUACGCUCCUCCUCUAUCUUCUCCUCCUCAUCAAUCUUCAACCAAUGAUGUUCGCACUCUUUUUAUUGCUGGUCUUCCUGAAGAUGUUAAGCCUCGUGAAAUCUACAAUUUGUUCCGUGAAUUUCCUGGUUAUGAAUCAUCGCAUCUUAGAAGUCCCAACGGUUCGUCGCAGGCGUUUGCUUUCGCUAUUUUCACGAAUCAGCAAUCUGCAAUUAUGGCAUUGCAUGCUCUUAAUGGGAUGAUCUUUGAUCUUGAAAAGGGUUCUACUCUUUAUAUUGAUCUGGCUAAAUCCAACUCUAGAGCUAAACGUGGAAGGAUAGAUGAUGAGAGAGCAGGCUCAGAUAAGAAAGCUCGAGGAUCUGCUCCAUCAUGGCCAACUCCUGAUUCUGGUGUUAGCAGCAUUCACGUGCCUGGAAUUGGUAAUCCUGCUUUCAACACGAACAUGAUUGGUUAUCCACCUGCACAAAGUUAUGGAAACGCUCCAGGGAAUGCUCUGCAUGACAAUCUAUUUCCACAUCUGAAAAAGUGUGUCAAUCCCUACAUUCCAACAAAUACAACCCCAUGCGCAACUUUAUUUGUAGCUAAUUUGGGGCCGUCUUGUAAUGAACAAGAGCUAAUCCAAGUAUUUUCCAGAUUCCCUGGAUUUUUGAAACUGAAGAUGCAGAGCACAUAUGGGGCUCCUGUUUCAUUUGUUGAUUUCAAGGAUAUUCCUAGUGCAACUGGCGCCUUAAACAGUCUACAAGGCACCAUUCUUUAUUCCUCACCAGCCGGCGAGGGAAUGCGUUUAGAAUAUGCUAAAUCGCGGAUGGGUAUGCGGAGGAAGCCCAAGUAAAUUAAGUGCCGGAAAAUGGAAAACAGAAAAACAAAGCAAAACAAUACAGUGUAGAAGUCACUCAUGACUUUAUUGAGAGACACACACACUUACCUUUGGGCGGAAUAAUGAAUUUUAUUUGCGGGUGCAAUAGAAGGGAAGCUUAAUGGAUUAUGGAUUGUCCAAAACUUUGCAAGGCUUAAUUAUCAGUUUCUGCAGUCACUGUAUUUGAGAUUUAAAUUCUUGUAUUUGUCUUGGUAUUUGAGAGUUCCUCCACAUUCAUAAAGAUCUCCUAUCCCCUUGUAAAUUUCAUAUAAAAGUUGCUUUUAAAUUUUGGUAGAUUUAUCAAGAUUCAUACGUGUGUACUAAUAAAAAUUUAUAUUGGUCAAUAAUAAUGGCUAUGCAGAUGAUUAUUUGA